AUGCGGGAUAUUAUGGCCCGUCCUGAAAAGGAACUUAGUCACGCCGACGCAGUCUUGGAACUUGUUCAACUGAAGUACUCACUUGGCAAUGAAAAAUACAAAGCCGAUCCCUGGCCUUGUAUGCUUGUCAAGUCGGAUAUCAAUUCCAAGCUGGAGGCGGUCUGCGAUGCCCGCAACGAGGCGUAUCUUCGAGCCUGCUGGAAGGUCAAUGAUGGGAUAGUGAUGAACGGAGGUCUGACCGGCGCUACUCCACGUCUUCUGCGCCCAAUUAUUGGCCCGUUAGUUACGAUGAGUAUCCGUCGGAACAUCGAACGGGUCAAGAAAGAAGUAGAGCCGAUUUAUCGCCAGCGGGUACAAGCAUUGAGCCAGCAGGACAGCGCGGGAAAGCCCGAUAGCGAAGCACCGCAGGAUCUCUUCCAGCAAAUGCUCCGCUACGCCCAGAAAGAGCGACCACGCGAACUGCACGACCUUCCCAGCAUGUCCAGACGGCUGUGUUUUGCCAAUUUUGCAGCCGUGCAUCAGACAACCUUGCUUGUAACAAACAUUAUACUCAACAUCGUCAGCUCAAACCCCCAAUACAAUACUAUCUCCGUCCUUCGAGACGAAGUGAAGGAUAUCAUCGGUCCGGACAGCAAUACCAAAUGGACCAAGUACAAAGUUGCGCAGAUGAUCAAAUCCGACAGUGUGGCUCGUGAAACCAUGCGUUUGCAUUCAAACACCAACCGGGGUGUCUUCCGCAAGGUCCUAGUCGAGGGGAUCAAGACAGAAGAUGGUAUCGAGCUUCCCAAAGGCACAUACGUCUCCUUCCUGGGUCGUCCGCUCCAAUGCGAUCCCGAAACUUUCGAGGAUCCUUUCAAGUACGAUCCUUUCAGGUUCUCUCGGGUCCGCGAACAGGCUCCCAAAGACGCGCAAGGCAGGUCUACCGCGAGUAAUCUGAGCUUUGUCUCAACUUCACCGGAGCAUCUGCCCUUUGGACAUGGAGGCCAUUCAUGUCCGGGUAGGUUCCUGGUUGACUUUGAGGUCAAGAUGAUUGUUGCCUAUCUUCUGAUGAAUUACGACGUCGAGUUUCCGGCCGAGUAUAAUGGACAGAGACCUGCGAAUCGGUGGAUGGCUGAGGCUCUGAUGCCGCCUUCUGGGGCGCGAAUUAGGAUAAAGAGACGAAACUAA